AAGGAUAAUCCUUAGUUUAGCUCAAAGUUUGUCAGUAAAUCCUGAUUACCUCAAGAGAAUUCAGUGGGCCUAAUUCCUGUUUUGUGCAAAUCUGGAGCAACUCCACUGAACUAACUAAUUUUGAGAUCAAUGGAGUUACCCCUGAUAUUUGUCAGUAAAAUAGAAAUAUUUUCUGACAUGCAUUUUUAAUGUAAAUUAAUUCAGAGAAAUGCAUAAUUUCAAUAAAUGCCUGAUUAUAUUAUAGAUUAUAGAAUACAAGUACAGGUAGAAAAUGUCACGAUAGGCCCAAAUGCUGAAGUCAAUGAGAAUUUCAGUCAAUUAAGGUCCAUAGCAUUUGACCUAUAUUUCUAACCAUUUAAUUCAAGAUCAGACCACGUAAAACAUGAAUGUAUCACAAGUUUACAGGGCAAUGUAAUAUUAUACCAAGGCCCUUUUGUGAUUAAAUGAAAAUUUGCAUAUUGAUCGACAGAGCUAAUCUUUACACAGCAUGCAUGGGGAAGAUAUUUUAUGUUACUUUCCUAGUAUUUUUUUCAUUGCACUGUGAUCUUCAUUAAGUUUUAUUGUUGAUUUUGCAGAUUUUUUUUAAACUUACAUUUUUAUGGUCUUUGCAGGAAAUAUGGGGAGAGAGAAGAUUUUGAAAAAAUAGUCACUGAUCAUGCAAAUGCAGCAGGUGUUCCAGUUGAAACUGUAAAGGAAUCUCUUGGUGAAGAGCUAUUCAAAAUAUGUUAUGAAGAGGAUGAACACAUCUUAGGAGUUGUUGGAGGAACCCUUAAGGACUUCUUGAACAGUUUCAAUACCCUUCUGAAGCAGAGUGGCCAUUGCCAAGAAGCAGACGAAAAGAGCAAACUUGAGGAAGCCUCCAUAUUAUGCCUGGAAAAAGAUCAAGACUUCUUAAACGUGUACUGUUUCUUUCCUAAGAAAAUAACUAGUCUCAUUCUGCCUGGCAUUAUUAAGGCAGCAGCUCAUAUUUUGUAUGAAACCGAAGUGGAAGUGAUGCUUAUGCCCCCCUGCUUUCGUAAUGAUUGCACGGAGUUUAUUAACCAGCCAUAUUUGUUGUACUCUGUACUAGUCAAAAGCACAAGACCUUCCUUAUCUCCAUGUAAACCACAAUCCUCUCUUGUGAUUUCCGCCUCUCUGUUCUGUAAGACUUUCCCAUUUCAUUUCAUGUUUGACAAGGAUAUGGCUGUUCUGCAAGUUGGCAAUGGGAUAAGGAGACUUUUGAACAGGAGAGAAUUUCUAGCAAAUCCUAACUUCGAGGAGUACUUUGAAAUUCUUACCCCUAGAAUAAACUGCACAUUUAGUGGGAUCAUGACAAUGCUCAAUAUGCAGUUUACUGUACGAGUGAAGAGAUGGGACAAUGCUGUUAAGAAGUCAUCAAGGGUAAUGGAUCUUAAAGGCCAAAUGAUCUAUAUUUUUGAAUCCGGUGCCACCUUGUUCUUGGGAUCUCCCUGUGUGGACAGAUUAGAAGAUUUUACGGGACGUGGAUUAUACCUUUCUGAUAUUCCAAUUCAUAAUGCGCUGAGGGAUGUUGUUUUGAUAGGAGAACAAGCCAGAGCUCAAGAUGGACUAAAGAAGAGAUUAGGAAAGCUUAAAGCUACUCUUGAGAAGGCCCAUCAAGCUCUGGAAGAGGAGAAGAAGAAGACAGUAGAUCUUUUGUGCUCAAUUUUUCCUGGUGAGGUUGCUCAGCAGCUGUGGCAGGGACAAGUUGUGCAAGCCAAGAAAUUUAAUAAUGUCACAAUGCUUUUCUCUGACAUUGUAGGAUUCACUGCCAUCUGUGCCCAGUGCUCACCUAUGCAGGUUAUCACCAUGCUUAAUGAGCUCUAUACUCGCUUUGAUUACCAGUGCGGAGAGCUAGAUGUCUACAAGGUGGAGACCAUUGGAGAUGCUUAUUGCGUGGCUGGAGGUUUACACAAAGAAAGCGAGACACACGCUGUUCAAAUAGCAUUGAUGGCACUGAAGAUGAUGGAGCUGUCAGAUGAGGUGAUGUCUCCCCAUGGAGAGCCUAUCAAGAUGCGUAUUGGCCUCCAUUCUGGGUCCGUCUUUGCUGGAGUUGUUGGGGUUAAAAUGCCACGUUAUUGUCUCUUUGGAAACAAUGUAACCCUUGCCAACAAGUUUGAGUCUUGCAGUAUACCUAGGAAAAUAAAUGUCAGUCCAACAACUUACAGGCUGCUAAAAGAAUAUCCAGAUUUUGUGUUCACACCUCGCUCAAGAGAAGAACUUCCUCCAAACUUUCCCAGUGAUAUUCCUGGUAUUUGUUACUUUCUGGACGCUUAUCUUCAAGGAACAAAUUCAAAGCCUUGGUUUCAAAAGAGAGAGUUUGAAGAUGGUAAUGCAAAUUUCUUGGGCAAGGCAACGGGGGUAAACUAAAUUGUACAUUCACACAUUUACAAAAGAAUUUUAUAAAUAUUUUAAUUUUGUAUAAAUUGAGAGUUUAAAAAAGUAUGAAACAUGAAAGCACUUUAGAUUGUUAAUACCUGAAAGCCAGUAUUAAAAUUUCAGGAAGUAUGUCAGAUACUACUUUUUUUAUUUUUACUUUCCAGAAGAUAUAUAGUCACUAAAAUAAUAUUUCAGCUUCACUAUUUAAAACACUGUUUAAGCAUACUUUUUUCCCCCUGUGGUAACCUGUGCUAUAUAAUGACCAUUUCAAUUCUACCUGUCCUGAAAAUUCUAAACAUGUUGUACAUACAGUGUAUCAAAAAUGUUGUGUACAAAUGAUGCGGUCAUAUGCAGUUUGGUUCGCUGGUGCAUAUCAAUGACUAUUAAAAUGCAGUUUUCUUAGUUGCUCCAUAAGAAAAAGGAAACACCAAUUACUGUAAUAACUCCUUCCAUUGCAUCUUUACAGUCCUAUGAGGUGCUGCCCUAGAGGCAGCUGAAGUCAACAUUAAUUGAAUGGAUGGAUCAGAUUGCUAGUUGUAACUAAUGCCAGUAUAUACAGUGGAAUAUGGAUGCUUACUGUUCCCUGAACUUUGAUUUCUUUGUGCAUAAAAUAAAUAUUUAUAGAAUAUUCAAAUGUUGUAUAAUCACACACUAAAGCCUCUGUAAUCAAAUAAGAUUUUAGUUUUUGGAGUUUUUAAACCCUAUUUUAAAAAUUAUUUCCCUCUGAUACUAUGUAUCAUAGCAAUAAAUGUUUUCUUUUUGUUGUCAAUUAAUUUUUAAUUCUUUUGAGGGAAGUAAUAGUACAUAAUGUAGAGUGUUUACAUAGAAAGGAAAUUCCAAGCGGACUGUAUAGUGUGUAGGACACAAACAUAUUGCUUUGAACAUAUGAUCUUAUACUUCAGCUAGAAAUAAUGUAGAGGUGAAAUGGACUCUGAAAUAUGUACAGUUCACUCACUUUAAAAUUUGUUACUGAGAGCUAAAGAUGAAGACAAAUGCUUUGAAAUAUAUGAAUACACAUCUGCAGCCUUAAUAUUACUCAUACAUACGUUUUACAAGUAAACAGAGGUUUCUUUAGCUAUUGAGACUUGACUUCAGGAUUCUGUUUCUACUGCAAGUUAAUAACCUUGCACAGUCACUCUCCUGAGACACACAACUUGUCCCCUAUAACAGAUUGGGACCAGCAUACCUUGCACUGAUUUAGGGUAUUUGUGAUAACAUCAGUUCCUUGCAAGAGAGACACUGAUAUCUGAACUCAUAAAUAUUCUUUUGUAUUUACUUACUGAUUUAAAAAGCAUUUCAGUUGUCCUCUAGGGCUGAUCCAACAGAAAAUAUCAGUGGGCUUCUAGUCUGCCCAGGUACUAGAAAUCCUGCCCCAGAAAACAACAUGGUUAAUCACUGCUGAGCUAUCCAGGAUGUUGGCAGAUAUCAUAAAGUGACUUCUUUACUUUCCAACUCCUCUUCUGAUUUUUGGAAAAGAGUUGUGUGUGGGUAUUUCUGAGAUCAUAUGUGUAUGCUAAGUGACACCAUUAAGAUUCUGCAGCUGUAUAGUCCUGCUGGUUUUAAAAGUGACACCACGGACGUGUCCACAUGUCGAGGGGAGGGAAAGGUUAAUCCACAGUUUUUUGAGUUAAUCUGCUUUGAGAACACUUGCAUACCCAUGAUGCAAUUCAUUUUUAGUGCACUGACUCUACAUUUAUUGCAAACUCUGGAGUGCUCAUUCAAAGUGAACUAAUGUUGCUGUGAAGCAAGCUAGUCCAGCCUAUUGUUCAUGUGCUCACAAUGCUGUGCCAAAAUACUUUCACAGUCUGUAAUGGCUAUCCCACACUCUUUUGUGGGUGACCGUUACUGACCUGUCUGUUUACCUUUGUGCCCUCCCCUGCUCUGGGGUCAAGUGGACCAGAUAUCCCCUCCCUCAUUUAUAAAUUGGCACACAGUCAGAUUUUAUCCAUUCUCCCCUGGAUUCCAGUUUACUGCCGAAGACCUACAACAUGUCUUGAGCAGCUUCACCAAUAUCCUGUCUCAUUGCCAUCUGGGGAGGUGUCAGUGCAGGGAGCUCUUGUGGCAGCCACUGGAAUAAAGACUGUUUUGUGGCCAUUGCUAGUCAGAUGUCCAUGAGGGACAUGACCAGAAUGCGGAACAGUGCUGGAUAAAGAGCAGACCGCUCUGGAGCACCUCCACUGAAAUGAUGGAGAACUGAGAAACUCCAGUGGGGGACAUGUAACUUGUCCAUUUUUGAGGAGCUGGACAGGAUUUUAUAUAACUACAAGACCACCCAACCUAGGCAGCUUGUGGAGUCUGGUGGCUGCCUUUCCCCCCUCCCCCCACUACCACUAGGAUGACCAGCAAGACUCAUUGAGGGAUGAAUCUAAGGAGGCCAGUGAAGAGGUCUCCCCAGAAAGCCAGGAUCUGCGCAGGACUCAGGAUCUUGACGAUGGCCAGGUAGAAUCGAGCUCAGUUCCUGCUCUGUAGCAACCAACCCUCAUUGUCAGGUAGUAACCCAGAUUGGGGCUGAGGGGGCUGAUCCCAUGGAGGAGCCUCAGCAUGUAAAUUUUGUAUUAUUGUUUUAAAAUAAAUUUACUAGUUACA